ACUUUGGACACAACCAUAGAAGCAGCCAAGAGAACAGCAGAAACCUUGGCUCAUCUGUCUCUUCAUGAUGGAGAAAUUCACCGCAGUACUCUUUGUCCUUAUGGUUUCAUGUGUCUGCAGGACGUUGGGACAAACAUGUCAAGGACUCUGUGGGGCAACAUCAGGCACAUGUUCAUGCCACCCAACUUGCGUUGCCAUGAAGAGCUGCUGUCCGGACUACAGAGACUACUGUGUGGAGACCUUACCGUAUUCUGGGACCAUUUUGGGCGGGACAGAUUUUGUUGUCCUUGAUGCAAUUUUCACUCAGAGUUCCAAGAUUAAAUGCAUGUUCAACAAUAACAGUCCGUCCAUCACUGAAGGAUAUGUGGAUGAAAACGGUAGAGCCCAUUGUAUCUCACCACUCCUGUAUGAAACAGGCUGGAUUCCUUUCCACGUCUCCUCAGAUGACGGCAUGACAUUUAACAGAACUGGAACCUGGCUCUCAGUACACUCUGGUAAGUUAGAUUCGAAGUUUAAGGCAGCGAUGGUCAACUCAACCAAAUGGCAGUACUACGGCACACCGAAUGUUGGAGGCACUCUUGAGAUGACGUGGAAUACAUCUAUGGUCAGAGCAGACAGGAUCAAUAUAGAGCUCUGGGGAUACAGGGAGACAGGUAAACCCUACGGAAGCGACUGGAGAGCUGAGUGGACCUAUCUGUACUCACUGGCAAAGGAUCAGCCCAACAAUGGUUCCUUUAGCUUUUUGCCCAAACCAGCGGCGGAUGGCUUUUCGAGUUGGGAGCUUGGCUCUGUCCGCGUCAGCCCCAGCACCUCACCUGAUGGAUCAUGGAAUGUGCAUGCUGUGUGGACCGAAGAUCAUGCUCUGGCCUGGCAUCUGGAAGAGAAGUUCCGGCAGGACUCAGCAGCUUGGGCCCUGGACAAAUGUUUAGCGUGGGACAAGCUGGAAAAUCAGCUGCCAAACUUCCUCAGUGAGAUCAUAGACUGCCCCUGCACCCUGGCUCAAGCGAGAGCCGACACAGGAAGGUUUCAUACUGACUACGGCUGUGAUAUAGAGAAAGGGAGUGUGUGCACCUACCACCCUGGGAGUGUUCACUGUGUGAGGGCGAUACAAGCCAGUCCUAAGUAUGGAGCAGGACAGCAGUGUUGCUACGACAGCGCCGGUGUUCAGGUCCUGACCUCCGACUCAAUCGGGGGUAGCACUCCAGACCGAGCCCACGACUGGGGCUCACCUCCAUUCCAAAACCCACCCCGUGUUCCCGGACAGUCCCACUGGGUCUAUGACGUCCUCAGCUUCUACUACUGCUGCCUGUGGUCCGACCACUGCCACUACUACUUCAAACACCGGCCCUCCAGUGACUGCAGGAGCUACGAGCCACCCCGAUCAGCUGUGGUGUUUGGGGAUCCCCAUUUUGUAACGUUUGAUGGUGUCAGCUACUCCUUCAAUGGCAAAGGGGAAUACACUUUGGUGACCUCAGCAGAGACGCACGAUCUGACAAUCCAAGGCAGAACAAAGCCCGUGAAUGAAACCAUUAAAGCAACUAAAAUGACAUCUGUCGCCAUGAAAGAAGCAAACUCUGAUGUCAUCGAGGUGCGACUCAGCGGUCACACUGGCCUUGAAGUGCUGCAGAAUCAAAAGACCCUCUCUUUUACCGAGCAGAGCUGGAUGGACCUGCACGGCGUGUUUGUGUUUUCUCCGACCCCUACAAACGUGACCGUGAUGUUUCCCUCUGGGGCCGGGGUGGAAGUGCGGGAGAGAGAUGGAGACCUGACAACCACGGUGCUCCUGCCAGAGGAGUUUGAAAACGCAACACUCGGACUCCUGGGGAAGAUGAACGGUUAUGCUGAAGACGACCUCGCUCUCAGCAACGGCGAACGUGUGCGGAACCAAAGCAACCCAGAGGAACUUUUCACCUUUGGAGCAAGCUGGGCUGUCUUCAACAGGUCGGCCUUGUUCACAUAUGAUUCUCAAUACCUUAUAGACAAUUAUUUAAACGGCCCCAGACAUGACCCGAGCUUUAUUCCAGUGUUCUCUGUCCCUGAGAACCCAGACGAUCCAUUAGCCAAUCAGGCUUCCAAGAUAUGCACAGGAGAGGGCUCUCAGUACUGCAGGUACGAUAUCCUUGUAGGCCGUAGUCCGGGAAUGGGAAAUGCCACCAAAUUAUCUUACCAGAGUCACAUUUCUCUUGUGCAGGAUCUAAAGCCAGUGGUAUCCUGCGGAUGGCUGUCUCCUCCGGCUAAAGGUAAGAAGGAGGGGACCUCAUAUUUGCAAGGAGCGACAGUGCGGUUCACCUGUGACGACGACUACACUCUCAAAGGAUCGGAGGAGCGCGUGUGCCAGGAGAAUGGCCAGUGGUCUGGAGAAGAGGCAGCCUGCAAAGUUCCACUAAGCAUCGUGGGAACUGUGGUCGGGUCGGUCCUCGGAGCCCUCGCGCUGAUCGUGAUCAUAACAACAAUCACACUCUAUUUCCGAAAACAGAAAAGGAAAGCUGCCAACGAAGAUAUGAAAGUUGAGGCCUUCUAAACCCGAGUCUUGCCCUGCUGCCAUGUUGUACAUGUUCUUCAUACGUCUUGACUAAAUGCUUUGAUGGGGACUCACAAAGCGCAGCAUUACUACAAUAGAGAUGUCACAUGUUGGUUUGUAAAUCUUGUAAACAUCAGCAAAGAGCUAGACUUGCCAGAAGGAUGAGCAAAGGUCCCCGCGCCGUUAAAGAGUAACCACACACAACGUCUCAAACGGCAGAGAGUUCAGCGGGUUGAAAUAUUAAUGUGUUGCACUUUUGACCACACCCGACAUCACAGCACAGCGUCAUUUGGCAAUCAAGGUUAGAUACGUGUAAAAAAUGAUAGGCCUAAAUCAAUCAAUUAAUUGAUAAACCUCCUGUCAAAGGUAAACUUCUAGUAUUUAAACACUCCGAUUAUUUAUAACGUCACACAGCGUUAAAUGUGAAGAAAAAGGUUAUCUUUGAUCAGCUCUUCAGAUCACCGGUGUUUACAGAGAGAAGGGUAAAUUAAUCGUAACUGUGAAAAAGUUGUUAUACAGUUUGUUGGGAAAUAAAGUUUUUUUUUUAAGAAAUACA